CAAUAGCGCAAAAACGGAGCGGAGAAUUCAUAAGCAUUCACCUGCCAUUCGUACACAUAGUAUAUACACAUCUAUAGCUACGGCGCCUCCUUUACCUUGACUUGUGUGUCACACGUAAAUAGGAAUUUAACUCGAUUUUUAUUACAUUAGCCUGGCUCCGUGAUAGUUAUUUUCCGAUUCCUUGCUUCAGUCGCUGGUGAAUCGCAGACAUGGCGGACGAGGAAGCCGGGAAGGAGGGCGAGAAGAAAAUCGUGCACGUUUACCCACUGGUGAAGGUUGCACUCGGACAUGACCGAAGAGAUGAGGAUAGAGGCCAUUGAACUGUCCAUCACAGCCUGCGAGAAAUACUCAUCGAACUAUGAGCACGCUGCCAAAAUCAUCAAGGAAAACAUGGACAAGAAGUUCGGCAUCUAUUGGCAUGUGGUUGUGGGCGAGGGCUUCGGCUUUGAGGUGUCCUACGAAACGGAGAACAUUCUCUACCUGUUCUUUGCUGGCAACCUGGCCAUAGUGCUGUGGAAGUGCUCCUGAAUGCGGGUCAGCAAGCAAUCGAACGAAAUCGUACCUAGAAACCGGAACAGAAACCAAAGCCGAAACCGAAACAAACUGAAAUUUAGCAUCAAUAUUAGUCAUACAUACAGACCACUUACCAUUAACGAAUGUUAUGAACUUUAAGCGUAGUAUCGUUGACGGAGAAAUGAAUGCCAUGGCAACGAUGCGACUUG